AUCCCUAUUGCUGCUUUUCGUCUUCCCUAUUUAAGUCACUGCCCAUCUUCAGAUUCAUUAGGGAACUAAUUAAAGAAGUGUUUUUACAUCUCUAGGAACCAGUAGAUAGAUACAAUUAGACAUAUAUAUAUAUAUACUUUGGUUUUAGUUGCAGACAUUGUUAUGGAAGCUGCAGCAGCAUUGGAGUUAGAGGAUGAUGUCUUCUUCAAGGACUUAAGCAGACAAAUCUCACUUCUGAUCAUGGAUGAUGAAGAUGAUGGUCCUGGCUGUGAUGACUCGAUUGCGCAUUGCCCUUCGCUGAAUCUCCAGGCAUUCAAUCGGGAAAUUUAUCCAGUAGCGCCGGGUUUGGUCCUCGACUACAACCAGCAGAUGAACAAAAGGGAAAUAAAGGGCACGGGAGUGUUUAUCCCCCGUUCGAUGGCGAAUCCGAGGAGGAAGAACAUGAGGCAGGGAAGAUUCACAGCCUCUGGGAACAAGUUUCAGAGGAUUUCUGAUCAAAGCCCAAGAGGGGCUCUUCCUCAUAUGACUGCUAAUUACAGUAGCCAACACCACAAUGAUCACUCAUCAGCUAACCCUAGAAGAUCUUGAAUUUGAAUUUGAAUUUCGUCAUCAAGAUUCUAGAAUUGUAAUGUGCUAUGUGUAGCUCCUAAUAAUAAAUGGAAGAUAUGAGCAGAAUUUGUUCACAGGAA